AAACUAAGACUCCAGCAAAGCACAUAUCAGCUGAUCAGUACGCAUGCGUAAAGACUCGAUGAUGGUGACGGAACUUCGUAAUUACGAAAAGCAUCUCAUGUGCUUGCCGGCGAGGAUGUGAUAGAAUUGCACGACCAAACGAUCGUUUGUGCGAAUGUUGCGAUUAAAGUGAUUUACGAUGAACUUGACCACAGGGAAUCCUCACGGGAACGGUUUGCUUUACGCUGGUUUCAAUCAGGAUCAAGGAUGUUUUGCUUGUGGUAUGGAGAAUGGUUUCAGAGUAUACAAUUGUGACCCUUUAAAAGAGAAGGUACGUCAUUUCAGUGAUGGAGGCCUUGGUUAUGUUGAAAUGCUAUUCAGAUGUAAUUAUUUAGCAUUAGUUGGUAGUGGAACAAAACCCAUGUAUCCAACAAAUAAAGUUAUGAUAUGGGAUGACCUUAAAAAAUCACCAGCUAUCACUUUAGAGUUUAAUGCUCCUGUAAAAGGUGUUAAAUUAAGAAGAGAUAGGAUAGUAGUAAUUUUAGAAGGAGUCAUAAAAGUAUAUACAUUUACGCAAAAUCCUCAACAACUUCACGUAUUUGAAACUAAUCCAAAUCCCAGAGGUUUAUGUGUCUUAUGUCCAAAUAGUAGUAAUUCAUUGCUUGCUUUUCCUGGUAGAAAGAAUGGACAUGUUCAAGUGAUAGAUUUGGCUAAUACAGAAAAGCAGCCAUUAAAUAUUGAAGCUCAUGAGACACCUUUAUCUUGUAUAGCCUUAAACUUGCAAGGUACUAGAUUAGCUACGGCUUCAGAAAAAGGAACCUUAAUAAGAGUAUUUGAAACCCAGACUGGUAAUAUGAUUAAUGACAUUAAUUUUAAUCAUGAUUCUACUUGGCUAUGUGUGGCGAGUGAUCAUGGAACCGUACACGUUUUUGCUGUAGAAGAUCAAAAAUUAAAUCGUCAAUCUAGUUUAGCAUCUGCUACUUUUCUGCCAAAAUACUUUAGUUCAAGCUGGAGUUUCUGUAAAUUUCAAGUUCCAGGUGGUCCACAAUGUAUGUGUGCAUUUGGAACUGAUAACAAUAGUAUUAUAGUAAUAUGCGCAGACGGUAGCUAUUAUAAAUUCGUAUUUAACAAUAAAGGUGAAUGUACGAAAGAUUUUUAUGCACAGUUCCUCGAAUUAACGGACGACAAAAUUGUCUAUGGAUGAGAUCACAUGAAAUAGUUUAUAUGAAAAGUGAGUACUGUGUUUGUUAUUUGAAGUCGUAUUAUAUAGUAGAGGACCAAACGAAAAGUACUAUUUGUAUUUGUUGGUGCACUGUGCGGGACUAUUAAUGAUAAAAAAGAAGAACUUUAAGGAAUGUUAGAAGGCCUAUUUCUGAGAUGUUUACUUAUGGAACUAUACGUUCUUAAAUGUUACAAGCAAAGAGAGGAACUUAAUGUUUAGAAGUUCCGCUUAACGUGUCGGUGUGAAAAAUAAUUUUCUUACGUUUAAAUUGAACGUCUUUUAGCUAAAGCUAAUGCAAAUAUACGAAGAAUAUUAUUUUGAAAUUUUUGGUGGCACAUUAUGCUCAGUGAUCGAAUUGUGUACUUUUUUAUAUUUAUUUUAUAAAAUUAUAAAUGUUUUAUUCGACCCUACAGAAAAUAUAUAGUGUUCGAAUAUAAUUUUGCGUCAUAAGUGUUAACAAAUUAAUGUAGAAUCAUGAGAUUUGGCUAUUUAUCAAUCGUAUCUGAUAAUUAGCUAAAUUAAAAAAUGGGACGUAUAUAACGUAAUCAAGUUUUAUAAUCUUUAUUUUAUGGUUUCAUACAUUUAAUAUACAUAUACACAAGAAAUAACUACAUUUAGUUGUUAUUAUUAUAUUACCACAAAAUAUUAAGAUUUGAAGUAUGAUAAAGAAGUUGAGAUUGGAUAUAAAAUAAAAAUGAUUACGGAACAAAACACUAUAUUUGUUCAUGAUAAAAUAUAAAUGAUAUUGAUCAAUUGCAAGCGAUAUAUUUCAUUUUUUUUUCUUUUUUUCU